AUGGCUCAGCUCGUUUCUCUAAUAAAGAGAAGUUUUGAAAAUAUAUCUUCAAAAAGAAUCAUAUCAGUUAAUUGGAUGCUUUUACAUGAGUUUUUAGCAUUUUCUCAAUCAACCUCUAAUAUUCAAAAUGCCUCUAAUUUUGGAUUGAAAAAAAACUGGAUUCAAGUUAUGAGUUCUAAUAAAUUUCUUUGUUUUUUUCCAAUUGUUAAUCAUCUUAUAACAGAUGAUUCAUUUAUAGUUAAUAACGAUAUAACAAAAAAGUCAUGA